UACACCCGACUGAUGCAGUAGUUUAUCUUCGUUGUUGUCAUUGGUGUGCAUUGUUGCCGCGUGUUGUUGGCGUUCCAAAUACAAACAGAGAUGAGCGAAACUGUUGAUCCGAAAAAUAUUAUAAAAACUCGCGAUCUUCUGUAUCGCUUGAUGAUAAGUCAGCUCUUCUAUGAUGGGCAUCAGAGUCUGGCUGUGGGUCUAUCAGCAGUUGCUCAGGCAGACCCACCUUGUCCGCCUUCAGAUCGUCUGCUCCAUGUUGUUAUGGCCGGUCUUCGUCAUGAGCCAGAACGUUCCAAAGGUGGAGGUGCAGCAGCAGCUAUAGCAGCAGGGGUUGCACCAGAGAAUGUACUCGGACCUGGUCUAGACUUGGAGUUUGAAACAGAUGUUCAGUCCUCAGCACCGGAGCCUGCACUGUAUGAAACAGCUUAUGUCACUUCACACAAAGGCAACUGUCGAGCGGGUGCUUUCAGUGCUGAUGGUCAGUUGAUUGCCACGGGCAGUGUCGAUGCUUCUAUUAAGAUUUUGGACGUGGAUCGUAUGCUGGCAAAAUCAGCGCCAGAUGUUGCUGGUGGUGACACAGGUCCAGGAGGUGAUCGUGGGGGUGGAGGCUCAGCGAGCGAUUCACAGGGUCAUCCUGUCAUUCGCACACUCUAUGAUCACCUUGAGGAAGUAACAUGCCUUGAAUUUCAUCCCCGUGAACCAAUUCUGGCAUCCGGAUCCAGAGAUUUUACUGUCAAACUAUUUGAUUACAGCAAGACUUCUGUCAAGAAGGCAUUUCGUACAAUUACGGAUGCUGAACAGGUGCGGUGCCUUUCAUUUCACCCAACAGGUGACUACAUUCUGGUUGGAACAAACCAUCCAGUUGUUCGUCUGUAUGAUGUCCACACAUCACAGUGCUUUGUGUGUUCAGUGCCAUCACAUCAACAUACUGGAUCUGGCGUCACAUCAAUCAGGUACUCACCUGAUGGCAAGAUCUACACAUCUGCAGGUCGUGAUGGUAGCAUCAAAGUAUGGGACGGAGUUUCAAAUCGUUGUGUAAAUACCUUCAUGAAAGCUCAUGACGGGGCUGAGGUCUGUUCUGUUUGCUUCACUCGCAAUGGAAAGUAUAUUCUGUCCUCAGGGAAAGACUCACUGAUAAAGUUAUGGGAGCUUUCAACAAGUAGAUGCCUAAUUGCAUACACAGGUGCUGGUACUACAGGAAAGCAAGAACAUCGUGCACAGGCUGUUUUCAACCACACGGAAGACUAUGUGCUCUUUCCUGAUGAGGCCACAACAUCAUUAUGUGCGUGGAACUCUCGUAAUGCUUCUCGCAAGCAGCUACUUUCAUUAGGUCACAAUGGGCCAGUGCGGUUAAUAGCACAUUCCCCUACAGCACCAGCAUUUCUCACUUGUUCUGAUGACUUCCGUGCUCGCUUUUGGUUCCGACGUAUGCACUGAUGAGCUGUGGUUGUGUGUAGCCUUAUUUUUAUACUCUCCCAUAAAUCAGUGUGUUUGUACAUGUGAUGUAUGCUAUUAAAGUUGUUACUCAUA